GAACACCAAGUCACGUGACGGCAGGCGUUGGACGCCGUACAAAUACGGAGCAGGUUUGCUGUACCUUGUAUUGAUCACGUUGACAAGCCGGCGGGAUUUAGAGCAGCGGCCAAACAAAAACUUUCUUCAAAACAACCCCAGCAUGGUCUCUGCCAGCGCAAUGCAAGUGUCUGCCAUCGUUGUUUUAUUUGGCUGUGUCAUUUCUGGAACCUUGGCUUGUUUUAUCAGGAACUGCCCACCCGGCGGUAAGCGAGGAAUGGACAUGAGUGGACACAACGCACGAGAGUGUAUGGCUUGUGGUCCCGGUGGUAGCGGGCAAUGUGUAGGACCGAACAUUUGCUGUGGGAGUGACAUUGGAUGUUAUUUUGGAACCCAAGAAGCCAGUAUUUGCCAAAAGGAAAACGAAAGCACCACGCCAUGUGUAAUACGGGGGUCAGCCUGUGGGUCAAGAGGUCAAGGUCACUGUGUAACCGAUGGAGUGUGCUGUGAUGAAGAGGCGUGUUCCUUUAACUCACGAUGUGAUGUUCGAGCAAGUGAUCGGCAGACGUCCAAAGCAGAUUUGAUUAAACUUGUUCAACAACUUCUUCGCUCAAAAAACUACGACUGAGAGAAAUAAUGCUGCGUCGCUAUAUUAUGUGACGAGCUCGAGAACAGAGAGUGACAAAGACUCCGCGUAUACUGCCAAACACAGGAAAAGACAACCACCUACACGCUCGCCUUGGCGUACCCCUGCAUUUACAUCAUUCAUGUGUGACGAUGGAGAUUAAUAUAUAUAUUUAAAGAAGCGUUAUCAUAUAGAUGGCAUUCUUGAAUCAAGGAAAUAUACAGCUUACAUCACAUUGCUUUGUUUUAGUAUUAAUUGCUUUUGAUUGAAUGUUUCAGGGUAAAAUAAUUAAAUUCAUAUAUUAAAUAAAAUUGUAUACAUUAUUUAUAUUUAUAGUGGAUGGAUUCUUUAAUCUUGUUUUCAUUUAUUAGACUAAUGACGUAUUUGUGAUGAGAAAAAAAAAGGCACCGCCGAAUACUAGAUAUCCCAGGAUAAAAAAUACGUGUAUAAGCCUUCCUAUGUUUCCUUGAUUUUUGGUACCAAACAUACAUCACAUAUGAAUCAUGCGCAUUAUUUCUCUCUACAGACCAGUAGAUUAUAUCGCCCCUAGAUAAUCUGUAUUUGGUUGUACUGUACUGAACGUAUUUGAGAUGACCCCGUCAAGGACUUGUUGUCGGAACCCUACACAAAGACGAUAGCAGACCCCCUAUCAUAUGGACUGAUAAGAAUAUGAAAUUUGUUGUAACACGCAGGUUAUGUUACUACAAGCUCUCAAGGUCAAGAGAAUUAUCGGCGAUAAGCGAAUAUUAAGACGUGAUGAUUUUAGUUUUAAAAAAAAGUGUUUUGUCCGAACCAUACAGUGUUUAACAUACAGCAUCAAUAAAGAUUCUUUAUAGAA